UGGAACUACAGUAAAUAAAAGUUCUGAGUACUGUUGCACGGCUGCUGUCAAGUGCAGAUUUGUUUUGAUACAUUUUAAAUCAUUUGUAACUGUGCAAAAUGGGUCGCAAGGUUACAUUAGCGACUUGCUCCUUAAAUCAGUGGGCACUUGAUUUUGAAGGCAACUUGACAAGAAUACUUAAAAGUAUUGAGAUAGCCAAAGAGAAAGGAGCCAAGUACAGACUGGGACCAGAGCUAGAAAUCUGUGGGUACGGCUGUGCAGAUCAUUUCUACGAGUCAGACACCCUGCUCCAUUGUUUCCAGGUUCUGAAGUCACUCUUGGAAUCUCCUUUGACCCAAGACAUCAUCUGUGAUGUGGGAAUGCCUGUUAUGCAUCACAAUGUUCGAUACAACUGUAGAGUCAUUUUCUUGAACAAAAAGAUACUGUUAAUUCGUCCUAAAAUGCUUUUGGCUAAUUAUGGCAACAACAGGGAAUUUCGAUGGUUUUCACCUUGGAGUCGACCCAGACAUGUUGAGGAGUACUUUUUACCCAGAAUGAUCCAAGAUGUGACAGGGCAGACCACAGUGCCGUUUGGAGACGGGGUGCUGUCCACUAAGGACACCUGCAUAGGGAGUGAGAUUUGUGCUGAGCUGUGGAACCCCAGGAGUCCACAUGUUGACAUGGGUUUAGAUGGUAUUGAGAUCUUUACCAAUUCCUCUGCAAGCUACCAUGAGCUACGUAAGGCUGACCACAGGGUGAACUUGGUCAAAUCUGCCACCACUAAGAGUGGAGGGAUUUAUCUAUUUGCCAAUCAGAAGGGCUGUGAUGGAGACCGCCUGUACUACGACGGGUGUGCUAUGAUUGCUAUCAAUGGAGAUAUUGUUGCCAGAGGAGCGCAGUUCUCACUCGAGGAUGUAGAGGUUGUCACAGCCACUCUUGAUCUAGAAGAUGUUCGGAGCUAUCGAGGAGAGAGGUGUCACCCACACAUGGAAUAUGAGCACAAACCUUAUCAGAGGAUCAAAACAGACUUCUCUCUAUCUGACUGUGAUGACAGGUUUCUGCCCACACAUCAGCCUGUGGAGUGGAUUUUCCACGUGCCAGAAGAAGAGAUCAGUCUUGGUCCUGCCUGUUGGUUAUGGGACUACUUAAGGAGGAGUGGACAGGCUGGCUUCCUUCUUCCCCUUAGCGGUGGUGUGGAUAGUUCGUCCACUGCCUGUAUUGUGUACUCCAUGUGUGUGCAAAUCUGCCAAGCUGUCAAAGAAGGCAAUUCUCAGGUGCUGGAGGAUGUGCAGCGGGUGGUCAGCGAUUCGUCCUACAGGCCUGAGGACCCACGUGAGCUGUGUGGACGCCUCUUUACCACAUGCUACAUGGCUAGUGAAAACUCCUCUGAGGACACCCGCAACAGAGCCAAAGACCUCGCUGCUCAGAUCGGCAGCAAUCACCUAAAUAUCAAUAUUGACAUGGCAGUAAAAGGCAUGCUGGGAAUCUUCUCUAUGGUCACAGGGAAGUGGCCUCAGUUUCGUGCUAAUGGAGGAAGUGUCAGAGAGAACCUGGCACUGCAGAACGUCCAGGCUCGGAUCAGGAUGAUUUUGGCCUACCUCUUUGCCCAGCUGUGUCUGUGGGCUCAGGGAAAACCUGGUGGUCUCUUAGUUCUUGGUUCAGCAAACGUGGAUGAAAGCUUGACUGGAUACUUCACAAAGUAUGACUGCUCCAGUGCUGAUAUCAAUCCCAUUGGAGGUGUUAGUAAGAUGGACCUGAAGUGCUUUUUGCAGUACUGUGUAAAACGUUUCCAGCUCACUGCCCUCAAAAGCAUUUUGGAUGCUCCACCAACUGCAGAGCUUGAGCCACUGACUGAUGGCAAGAUCGUCCAGACUGAUGAGGCUGACAUGGGAAUGACCUACUCAGAGCUGUCUGUGAUUGGCAGACUCAGGAAGAUCUCCAAGUGUGGCCCGUACAGCAUGUUUUGCAAGCUGAUUCACUCAUGGAAAGAGACCUUCUCUCCCUCGCAGGUGGCUACUAAAGUGAAACAUUUCUUUAGGAUGUACUCAAUCAACAGACAUAAGAUGACAACAGUAACACCCUCUUAUCAUGCUGAAAACUACAGUCCAGAUGACAAUCGCUUUGACCUCCGUCCUUUCCUUUACAACACACAGUGGGGUUGGCAAUUCCGCUGCAUUGACAAUGAGGUGGCUAUGAUGGAGUGAUAUGGAAGGCGUAUGUACAAUUGCUAUCAGAAGCCAUUGAUCUUUGGUCCAAAGAUUCGUCUCAGCCACUGAUGUUACAGUGAGCGCUCAACAGUUCUCUGCACUCUUUCUGUUUGGCUGCACAUGCACUGCAACUUGUUCUAGUUAUUGUUUUUCUUAGCAUGUAUAAAUCCUAAAUAAUGUCUUCAGUUAUGUUCACAUUAUAAUGCAAAUAAUCAAGUUUGUGAUCAUUGAUAUUCUGUAUGGUAUUGGGUUUUAAAUAUAAAACAAUACAUAUGAAAUGCAGUUACUGUUAAAUAAGAUAUCCUGUACUGUAACUUUCACUUUUAUAAUCUUUCAUUGAAUAAUUUGCCAAGAAACAACCAUAUUUGUCCAGAUCAGCUCAAGUAUGUAGUGUUAAUGAAUCUAUAACCAAGCAAAUUAAAUGACUGCAGCAUUUUUCAAGAAAGCAGGCAUGCCAGUGCUAUAACAGUGCUGACUGGGUCAUUCCUUGCAGAAGUCUGUAAUAUAAUAAAUAUUUCUACAAAAAGGAUUAUGCUCUGUAUAUAGUAUGCCUUGGUAAAGCUCAGGCGCUUAAGGUUUCUAAAUUGUAACUUGAUUAUCUGCAAAGUCACAAGAAAACAGGAAUGGAUAAUUCACCCCAAAAAUGAAAAUUCUGUCAUUAUUUACUCACCCUUAUGUUGUUCCAAACCUGUAUGACUUUCUAAGUAUUUUUGUUUUAAAGAAUGUUGGUAAACAAACUGUUCUGGUUACCAUUGACAUUCUUUUUAUAGACAUGGUUGUUCUUGAAAAUAUCUUUUUUACAACCACAGAAGAAAGAAUGUCAUGCAGGUUUGGACUGACAUGAGAGUGAGUAAAUAAUGACAGGAUUUUCACUUUGGGAUGAACUACUUUUUUUUAACUUGAGGGUAAUUUUUGAAAUGUAAAACAUAAUAAAUAAAUGUUGACGUGGGAAAGCAGAAUGGAGCAUUUUAAAGCGAGACAAACCAACUAAAACAGCAAAUCAUCCUCAUUUUAUUUAUUUUUUUAAAUCCUUUUCUAAUGCUAUGUUGUCUGUGUUGUUGAAAAGCCGCUGGUUAUUGUUUUCCCACCAAACUUUUCACUUCCUAAAAAAUGAUUUUAGAAGUGGCUUUUUGCUUAGAUAUGAUAGUUUCAAAGACUAACAGGACAUGAUGUGAUGUUGAGGACAAAAAUGCUAUUAAUUGAU